AUGAGUUUCCUGUCAGGCUUCAAAAAGAAUCUGAAUAGAGCUGGUCAAAGCAUUAAACAGAGAACAGGCGGAAAUGAUAGAACUGUUGAUGGUGAAUUUGAAGAAGAGUUUGAAAGAUUCAAAAAUCUGGAAAAAAAGUCAGAGAAACUCGCCAAGGAAGCCAAGGGCUAUCUUGAUUCUAUGAGAGCAAUGACCACUGCACAAGUUCGCAUUGCUACAACAAUGGAAAAUUUCUACGACGAUACAGCACCUAUGGGGCUAUCUGGUAUUGAAUAUAAGCGAGUCAUUGAAAAGCUGGAUGAAGAAGCCAGAUCCAAUCUGGAUGCUGCAUAUCGUGCUACUGUGCUGGAACCAUUGGGCAGAUUUUGCUCCUACUUUCCUGAGGUCAAUGAAGCGAUCAAACGUAGACAAAAGAAGCUGUUGGACUACGAUUCAUCGAGAGCCAAAGUCAGAAAGUUGGUAGACAAACCCAGCGAAGAUCCUCAGCGACUGCCUAGAGCUGAACAAGAAGCCAAUCUGGCUCGUGAAAUGUACGAAAACCUAAACUCCAUUAUUGUCAAUGACUUGCCCAAAGUAAUUGAAUUGCGAGUACCGUACAUUGAUCCAUCAUUUGAAGCACUAGUCAAAUCUCAACUGAGAUUCAGUCAGGCUAGCUAUGAGCAAUUAGAGGGCCUGAGGCAUCAUUUUCCUCCUAGCAGUGAGGAGGCGGAUCAUCGUGUAGAUGAUGUAUUGCAACAAAUGCGUGAAUUGACUAUCUGUGGUAACUUUUAA